ACCCGUGCGUGUUUGAAGAGAGAGAGAGAGAGAGGAGCGACAUUUUCAGAGACUGGAGCAUAUAGGCUACUGUGAGCAGAAGGAAGGAAAGCCAUGGCACAGGUCCUUAACCUAUGCCCGCCCCAGCGGACUCUCCGCUGCUCGUCUUCAAUUCACCUCGAUUCGUCUUCCGUUGGCUUGUCUAGCAAUCUCCACCAAAAUCAAUACCCUAAUAAGUGGACAUCUCUGCGUCAGAAGCUUAAGUGCCGAGGUCGACAUUCGUGCUUUUUCUCAGACAAUCGUAGAGAGGAACAAGCUAAAAAAGCAUUGGAAAGUGCUCUUGGUGGAAAGAAAAAUGAGUUUGAGAAAUGGAACAAAGAAAUUCAGAAAAGGGAGACGUUAGAUGUUGGGGGCAAUGGUGGUGGAGGAGGUUGGUUUGGAUGGGGUAGAUGGUUUGGUGGGUCCAAUGGCGAUAAUUUCUGGCAAGAAGCCCAGCAAGCAGGGCUUGCCAUCUUGGGUAUUGUAAUCAUGUAUCUUGUGAUUGCAAAAGGGGAAGUGAUGCUUGCUGUCAUCUUUAAUCCAUUGCUGUUUGCCUUGAGAGGGAUAAGAAAUGGCUUCACUUUCAUAUCAUCACAGAUCUUGGGAAAGGUUUCUCCAACCGGUUCUUAUGUUGAGCCUGAUAAUACACUGAAAGAGGAAUUCCAUACCCAUGUCUCGGCUAAGGAGAGUGUGGUAAGGAAAUGGGGAAGUGACUGAUACCUUAUGUUUCAGGUGCUUAGGUAUUCUUCUUGUUCCAUGUCUUUCUGCUGUGAUGAUUAUCAUAGUAGCUUUUUCCUAAAGCGGAUCCAUUUUUGUCAACAUUUGAUACAAAGUUUAACUACAGAAAUGGCUGAAUUUGUAUAAAAGAUUGAGUAAUUUAGUGAGUUUUCUGUGAAAAUGACUGGCUAGGGCUUUGAAUGUAACAAACUCCAUUUCU